GAGAGCAGGACACAAAGAUGAGCGAAGCAGAGACAGUGGUUUGUGUGACAGGAGCAUCGGGUUACAUCGCUUCCUGGCUUGUAAACCUCUUACUUCGACAUGGCUACACUGUCAACGCUACUGUUCGUGACCCAUACGACCGGAAGAAAACAGAGCACUUGCUUGCACUUGAUGGAGCAAAUGAAAGGCUCCAUUUGUUCAAAGCGGAGCUACUUGAAGAGGGAUCUUUUGAUUCUGCGGUUGAAGGUUACAUUGGUGUUUUCCAUACAGCUUCUCCUUGUUAUUUUGGCCCCAAGGAUCCGCAGGCUGAACUGGUUGAACCCGCAGUGAAGGCAACACUUAACGUUCUUGGAUCCUGUGCUAAAGUUCCAUCCAUUAAAAGAGUGAUUAUAACCGCCUCUCUUGCAGCAGUAAUGUUAACCGGGAAACCUCUGGCUGAUGAUGUGGUAGUUGAUGAGACAUGGUUCUCAGAUCCUGUUGUUUGUGAAAAAUUAAAGGAUUGGUAUAUGCUUUCAAAGACUUUAGCAGAGAAGGCUGCUUGGAAGUUUUCAGAAGAGAAGGGUAUGGACAUGGUGACAAUUAACCCGGGCACGGUGUUAGGACCUCUUUUACAGCCAACUCUCAAUACUAGUGUGGAGCCAAUUGCAAAGCUCGUAGGGGCUGAAACGUUUCGUAAUGCAACAUGUAGAUUGGCGGACGUUAGAGAUGUGGCGAAUGCGCAUAUACUUGCAUUCGAGAAUCCUUUGGCUUGCGGAAGAUACUGUGUAGCUGGGAAACCUACACACUCUUGUGAGAUUUUGAAGAUAUUACGGGAGCUUUACCCCCAUCUCAAUCUUCCUCAAAAAUACUCAGAUGAGAAGCUUUCCAUGCCGGCAUUUCCAGCAUUUCAGGUAUCCCAGCAGAGAGUGAAAAGUCUAGGCAUUAAAUUUACCCCAUUGGAGGUGAGCUUAAAGGAUACUGUUGACGGCUUAAUGGAGAAGAACUUGUUGAGCGUCUAAUUCAUUGGCAUAUUAGCAGACCAGUCAAAGGAUUCUUCAGCUUGGGACUAGUUACUUUGUUACCACCAUGGCAAUCUAACUGCCCUUAAUAUAUAAAAACAUCAUUCCCAGCUGACUUGGCAUAUUAUUAACUAUUUUUAGUUAUGAAACUUUUCUUUUCAGUUUA